AUGAAGACGACGUGGAAGGAUAUUGCGCCUGUGCCCACCCACCAGGAAUUCCUGGAUAUUGUCCUGAGCCGUACUCAGCGACAAUUGCCCACUCAGAUUCGUGCUGGUUUCAAAAUCAGCCGUAUCAGAGGAUUCUACACUCGUAAGGUCAAGUACACCCAGGAGACCUUCUGUGAGAAGUUCCAGGCCAUUCUCGAUGGAUUCCCCCGUCUGCAGGACAUUCACCCUUUCCACAAGGAUUUGAUGAACACCCUCUAUGAUGCCGACCACUUCCGCAUUGCCCUCGGUCAGGUUUCAACCGCCAAGCAUCUGAUUGAAACCGUUUCCCGCGAUUAUGUCCGUCUUAUCAAGUAUGCGCAAUCUCUGUUCCAGUGCAAGCAGCUGAAGCGCGCUGCGCUCGGUCGUAUGGCCACCAUUUGUCGCCGUCUCAAGGACCCCCUUGUCUACCUGGAGCAGGUCCGUCAGCACUUGGGUCGUCUGCCCUCGAUUGACCCCAACACCCGCACUCUCCUGAUCUGCGGUUACCCCAACGUCGGAAAGUCCAGCUUCCUGCGCAGCAUCACCCGCGCCGACGUCGAUGUUCAGCCUUACGCUUUCACCACCAAGUCUCUGUUCGUCGGUCACUUCGACUACAAGUACCUGCGUUUCCAGGCCAUUGAUACCCCCGGUAUUCUCGACCACCCCCUGGAGGAGAUGAACACCAUUGAAAUGCAGUCCAUUACCGCAGUUGCUCAUUUGCGUUCCGCCAUUCUGUACUUCAUGGAUCUUUCCGAGCAGUGUGGUUACUCCGUUGCCGACCAGAUCAAGCUUUACCACAGCAUCAAGCCCCUCUUCGCUAACAAGAUCGUUUACAUUAUUGUGAACAAGAUUGAUGUUCGUCGUCCUGAGGAUCUGGACCCCGAGCAGCAGGAACAGCUGCAGGAGAUUCUCAAGUCCGGCGAUGUUGAGAUGCUGCAGGCUUCUUGCACCACCACCGAGGGUGUCACUGCUGUCAAGAACGCCGCCUGUGACAAGCUCCUUGCUGAGCGUGUCUCGCAGAAGCUGAAGUCCAGCUCAACCGCUGCCAACCCCAGCGGUCGCCUGGGCGAUGUCCUUGCCCGUAUCCACGUUGCCCAGCCCAUGGGUGGUGUGCGCGAGUCCUUCAUUCCCGAGGCCGUCAAGGACCUCAAGAAAUACGACAAGAACGACCCCAACCGCCGGAGACUGGAGCGCGACCUGGAGGAGGAGAACGGUGGUGCUGGUGUUUACAGCUUCGAUAUGCAGCGCGACUACACAUUGGCCAAUGCCGACUGGAACCACGACAAGAUCCCCGAGGUCUGGAACGGAAAGAACAUCUACGACUUUGUGGACCCGGAUAUCGAGACCAAGCUGGCUGCUCUGGAGGAGGAAGAGGAGAAGCUCGAGGCCGAUGGUUACUACGACUCCGACGAGAGCGUCGAGGAUGCCGAGGACGCCGAUACCCGUAUGAAGGCGGAUCUGAUCCGCGAGAAGCGUGUGCUUAUGCGCAACGAGGCCAAGAUGCGCAAGUCCCUCAAGAACCGUGCUCAAAUUCCCCGCAGCGCCAAGUCGAAGAAGCUCUCCGAGAUGGAGCGUGGUCUCGACUCCGCUGGUUACGAUGUCGAUGCUGCUGGUUCUCGUGCUCGCUCCCAGAGCCGCGGACGUGCUCCUACUCGCUCCGAGCCUGCUGGUGAUGAUGAUGACGCUAUGGAUCUGGAUGAUCCUCGCCAGGCCAUUGCCCGUGCUAAGAGCCGUGCUCGUAGCCAGGCUGCUACUGAUCGUCGUAACGAUGGUGUCACUGACGAGACUGCCCGUACUAAGGCUGACCGUCUGUUCAAGCUGGGACAGAAGAAGAUGAACCGCAUGGCCCGACAGGGUGAGGCCGAUCGUCACACCACCGCUUCUCUGCCCAAGCAUUUGUAUACCGGAAAGCGUACUAUCGGCAAGACCCAGCGUCGUUAA